AUGCAAAUGGCUAGUGGUGAUGGUCGUACGGACCAACUUCAUGUGUUGGAGCUGAAAAAAGCUCAUGUUCGUGAUCUAGCAAGCGUUAUCAAAGCGAUAUCUUUUCGUGAGAAUGGCACAUUUCAAGCGACAGCACAAGGCAUGCGAAUUAUUGUUGAUGACAGCCAUUGCGAGCAAGCAAUCGCUUAUUUGUCAAGUGAUUUGUUCUCGGGAUUUACCCUUCGUGAACAAACCGUUUUAUUCCGGUUGCCAUUGAACGUUCUUACCGAGUGCAUGAGUAUGCAUACCGGAUCCGGAGCAACGUUAAAGAUGACAUAUGAUGGAUUUGGCGAACCAGUGAAAUUAGUUCUUGACGAAGACGGCGUUAUCGUCGACAUAAACAUACACACAUUGUCAACUGAAGAGGUGCUAGAUUUUGACUUCGACAAGGAUGAUGUUACCUUCAAAGUCAUCAUGAAAUCAUAUAUGUUGAAAGAAGCAAUAAAGGAGCUUGAUCCAAGUAGUCCUACUGUGACAAUUACUGUCAAUAGUGAUGAAUUUUUGCUGAUCACUGAGGGAGAAAUUGGAAGAGCUGUGACGAAAUUUCCGAGGCACUCGGAGCAGGUUGAACGGUUGGAAUGCGCUGAACCAGUGACUCAUCGAUAUUUGGUCACACUCAUAAGACAUAUGAGUUCCGCAUUCGCUAUAGCCAACAAGGUCUCGUUACGAUGUGAUUCGCGCGGCAUUCUUUCGGUGCAGUUUAUGAUUGAACAAGCCGAACAUAAACAAGUUUAUGUCGAAUUCUAUUGCGCGCCACAAAUCGAAGAUUCGUGA